AUGGUCGGUUCUUCUUCUUUGAUCAAGGCGCUGCCUUUGCUGGCUGCCUCCGCUUUGGCGAGCGUCAACUAUCCUCCUAUUCCGGAGGACUUGACUACCCCAUUCCAGCAGCGACUGGCGGUCUACGGGCCGAAUGCCAUGUCCGUUGGAUGGAACACGUAUGAGCAGCUGAGCAGCAGCUGUGUUCAGUACGGCACCUCUGCCGACAACCUGGGCUCUAUUUCAUGCUCGUCAUCCACGCCAUCAACAUAUCCCACCUCUCGGACUUGGUCUAACGCGGUUGUCCUGAGCGGUUUGACCCCGGCCACCACCUACUACUAUAAAAUCGUCUCGACCAAUUCGAGCGUGGAGCACUUCCUGAGUCCUCGCACACCGGGUGACAGGACUCCCUUCAACAUGGACGUGGUCAUCGACCUGGGAGUGUACGGUGCAGAUGGGUUCACCACCAAGAAGAGAGAUGAGAUCCCAACCAUUCAGCCCGAGCUGAACCACACCACCAUCGGCGCCCUCGCGCAGACCGUCGAUGACUACGAGAUCGUCAUUCACCCGGGCGACUUUGGCUACGCCGAUGACUGGUACGAGAAGCUCUCGAACCUUUUCCAUGGAACGGAAGCAUACCAGUCCAUCCUUGAGCAGUUCUACGACCAGCUGGCACCCAUUGCAGGCCGCAAGGCGUACAUGGCCAGCCCGGGCAACCACGAAGCAGACUGCAGCGAGAUCCCCUACCUUCUGGAGCUGUGCCCCGAGGGCCAGAAGAACUUUACCGACUUCAUGCACCGCUUCGAGAACACCAUGCCCAGCCCCUUCGCCUCGUCAUCGUCCAGCACCACCGCUCAAGGCCUCGCCGCGCAGGCGAAAAGCUAUUCCAACCCGCCAUUCUGGUAUUCCUUCGAAUACGGCAUGGUCCACGUCGUGAUGAUCGACACGGAAACCGACUUCCCCGACGCGCCGGACGGAACAAACGGCUCCGCUGACCUUGACAGCGGUCCCUUCGGCAGAGCAGGCCAGCAGCUCGCAUUCCUCCAGGCAGACCUCGCCAGCGUCGACCGCAGCGUUACACCCUGGUUGAUCGUCGCCGGCCACCGACCCUGGUACAGCACCGGCUCGGACAACAGCUGCGGGCCCUGCCAAGACGCAUUCGAGGGCCUGUUCUACCAGUACGGUGUCGACCUCGCUGUGUUCGGACACGUUCACAACUCGCAGCGCUUCCUGCCCGUGGUCAACGGCACUGCUGAUCCCAAUGGUAUGAACGAUCCCAAGGCUCCCAUGUACAUUGUUGCUGGUGGUCCUGGCAACAUUGAGGGUCUCAGCUCUGUUGGGAGCGAGCCCUCGUAUACUGAGUUUGCGUAUGCGGAUGAUUACAGCUACGCUACGCUGAAGUUUUUGGAUGAGAACAACCUCCAGGUUGAAUUCAUUCAGUCUUCGACUGGGUCGAUUUUGGAUUCUAGUACUCUGUACAAGAGCCAUUCCACCUCGUUUGUCGUGCAAUAG